ACUAUAUAAAGGGGAUGAUGCAUACUUUAAUUUGCAGAGCAAACACGUUUCAAAGAGAAGAUGGGAACUUCACUUACCUAUGCAAUGGCAUUUUGCCUAAUUGCUAUCAGUGUUCAUAUUAAUGUUGCUGCUGAUAUACAUUAUUAUGCAUCCCAGCCAAAGUACUACUCUUCACCUCCAAAGCAUCCAGAAUAUCCAUCCUCACAGAAAGUCCCACAGCAUGCAGAACACUCACACCACUAUCACAAAUUAACUCCAUCAUACACUUACAAAUCUCCACCCCCACCUUCUCAUUCACCACCUCCACCUUAUAUUUAUAAGUCACCACCACCACCUUCUCCCUCACCUCCUCCGCCAUAUGUCUAUAAAUCUCCACCUCCGCCAUCCCCAUCACCACCCCCUCCUUAUGUUUAUAAGUCACCACCACCACCUUCUCCCUCACCUCCCCCACCAUAUAUCUACAAAUCUCCUCCACCUCCCUCUCCUUCACCACCGCCUCCUUAUGUCUAUAAGUCCCCACCUCCUCCGUCAUCUUCACCUCCACCACCAUAUGUCUAUAAGUCCCCACCACCACCUUCUCCAUCACCACCACCUCCAUAUGUAUAUAAGUCUCCACCACCACCUUCCCCCUCACCACCUCCUCCAUAUAUUUACAAAUCACCACCGCCGCCUUCUCCUUCACCUCCCCCACCAUAUCUCUACAAAUCACCUCCACCUCCCUCUCCUUCACCACCGCCUCCGUAUGUCUAUAAGUCUCCACCUCCUCCGUCUCCUUCACCUCCUCCCCCAUAUGUCUACAAGUCUCCACCACCACCUUCUCCAUCGCCACCACCUCCAUAUGUGUACAAGUCUCCACCACCGCCUUCCCCCUCACCUCCUCCACCAUAUAUUUACAAGUCACCACCACCACCUUCUCCAUCACCUCCCCCACCAUAUGUCUACAAAUCUCCUCCACCUCCUUCUCCUUCACCACCACCUCCGUAUGUCUAUAAGUCUCCACCUCCUCCGUCCCCUUCACCUCCACCACCAUAUGUCUACAAGUCUCCACCUCCUCCGUCUCCUUCACCUCCUCCCCCAUAUGUCUACAAGUCCCCACCACCGCCUUCCCCCUCACCACCACCUCCAUAUGUUUACAAAUCUCCACCACCUCCAUCCCCUUCCCCUCCCCCUCCAUAUGUUUACAAGUCUCCACCACCACCAUCUCCUUCACCUCCUCCGUCAUAUAUCUACAAAUCUCCACCUCCACCAUCCCCAUCACCACCACUUCUAUAUAUUUACAAGUCUCCUCCCCCACCAUCUCCUUCACCACCUCCUCCAUAUGUGUACAAAUCUCCACCUCCACCUUCUUCCCAUGUUCCACCAUAUAUCCGUAAAUCACCCACUCCUUAUGUCCACAAGCAUCCGGCUUAUCACCUUCCCAACCUCUACAACUCUCCACCACCACCUCCAAGAGUCUAUUAAUUCAGCUAAACCAACUUAAUUUGUUUCAAUAAAAUUAUUUCAUACAUUGUUGUUAUUUCAUUUAUAUCUACAUCAAAUAGCAUUGUUGUGAAUGUAGACCUGGUGUGUCAUUAUGUCUCAUUAUUAAUUCAAAAGUCUGUU